AUGUCAAAAGUUGUGAUACUCGGGGCUGGCGUGUCCGGCCUUACCUCUGCUCUUUGUUUGCUCGAAAAGUUUCCUGAUAAGAUAUUGGAUCUUCAAAUCGUAGCAUCUGAAUGGAUGGGUGACUAUCAUGCGCACGAUUUUACGUCGCCAUGGGCCGGAGCAAAUUGGGCCAGUUUUGCCGAAAUCAACGAGCUGGAUCAGAUCAAUAGAGACAAGGAUGCAUACCUGGAAUUCGAACGCUUAGCCGCCACAGAUCCAGCCUCGGGCGUCAAGCCGUAUAUGCUCAAAUUCGGCAUCCUAAAGGAUAGGGAUUUGCCAUGGUACAUUCAACAAAAAUUUGUGAAGAAGAUAAAGAUAAUGAGCGAGGAGGAGUUGCGUUUUAGAAAUCUGGACCCUUCCCUGUAUCACGGAGUUGAGUUCCAAAGCUUCACAGUCACCCCAGGUGUUUACAAUGCUUACUUGCUGACCAAGAUCCGCAGGCUCGGGGGUAAGGUUAAAAGGGUGCCUCGUUUGGAUGUGAUAACAGACUUGGUCCCAAUCCUCGGAUACGUGCCCGACCUAGUUGUGAACGCGACGGGUGUGAAUGCCGGAAAGCUUUUGAGACACGAGGAGCCAGACGAAUUGAAGAAGGUUUAUCCUGUCAAGGGUCAAAUUUUGCAAAUAUACGAGGACUUGCCGCACCAGGUCAUGGUAGAGACAUUGCCGGAAGAGCUCAAUGGCAAAUCUUAUCAAUUUCUCAACAUCUUCCCUCGUGCUGAAGGUGGCUGCAUUAUCGGGGGUAUUAUGGCUAAGGGUGAUUGGUCGAGAACCGUGGACACAGAACUCAGUGAAAGCAUUCUGGAAGUGUGCAGAUAUCAUGUCCCCGAACUCAAGUCCACUACAGUUUACAACUCCUACGCGGCUUUAAGACCAGGCCGCGAAGGGGGAGUAAGAAUCGAAUUAUCUGAAUACCAGCUCAAGGGUCGGUCUGGCAGUCUAAAGGUAAUUCACAACUACGGCAUUGGCGGUGCUGGUUACCAGUCAUCCUACGGCAGCGCGCGCCAAGUAUGUGACCUCGCGUCCCAAGUAUUUGAUUCGAAAAAGACAAUGGCUAAGCUUUGA